AUGACAUCUACAAAUUGCAAUCAACCCCAAACCACAAUUCAAUUUAAUCCAACUCUACAUCUUCAAAUAAAAAAACUAUCAAGAAAUAAAUCUAAUUCGCGGCUAGGGGAAUCUAACACUCUUUCACCACUGAUCACCGUUAAACUUCGAUUAACAGAUAUUUCAAGGGACGCAAAAAAAUAUCUGUUAAUCGAGGAUAUCUGA